CAAAAAGCCCAGGCACAGUACGGGUUAUUUAUUCCAUUUGUGUGUUUGGUUUUUACAUCAUAUAGGCUACAGCCUGGCAAAUCUAUACGGCACCUUCAAAAUGCUAGACCAGGAAGAUGCAAGUAGGCAGCUUGGAUAACACUUGAAAGAAUGGCAAAAGCUUUGCUGUGAGGAAGAAUUUCCCUGCUGAGCUCCUAUUGCCAAAGGAUAUUUACCUGGCGCCCUGACAAGAUCUGUUAGAAAGACCCCUUCCUCCCUGCUUGUAUAUGGCAAAGUUUCUUGCAGAGCUCCUCGGCUGCACAUUGCCGGACAAGGGCACCUCUUCCAUGUUUGAGUCCAGAAGUCAGUCCCGUAUUGGCCUGAAGCAAAGCACCAAGCAGAAGACCACAACGUUCAGCACUUUGGCCAAUGAGAAAUCCUUAUCUGACCGCAAAUGGGAAAGUAUGCCACAAACGCCUCCCUUUGCAGCUAUGUUUGACAGCAGUGGUUACAACAGAAACCUGUAUCAGUCAAAAGAGGACAACUGUGGAGGACUCUAUUACCAUGACAACAAUCUCCUGUCAGGGUCUCUGGAAGCCCUCAUCCAGCACUUAGUACCCAAUGUAGAUUACUAUCCUGAUAGAACAUACAUAUUCACCUUCUUGCUCAGUUCGCGGCUGUUCAUGCACCCGUAUGAACUAAUGGCCAGGGUUUGCCAUUUGUACAUGGAGCAUCAGAGACUAAGCGAGCCCGGGACUGACAAGAGCCGGAUACGAAAAAUUGCACCUAAAAUCCUUCAGCUGUUGACUGAGUGGACAGAGACGUUUCCAUAUGAUUUUCGAGAUGAAAGAAUGAUGAGGAACCUGAAGGAGUUGGCGCAACGAAUAGCCAAUGGCGAUGAGAUGUAUCGGAAGAACGUACAGCAAAUCAUCCAGAGCCUGAUCCGAAAACUUGCCUCUCUUAGCCAGUAUGAAGAAGUACUUGCAAAAAUCAAUGCAACAUCCACAGAUCGACUGACAGUCCUGAAGAUCAAACCUCAGUCCAUACAGAGGGACAUAAUCACUGUCUGCAAUGACCCUUACAUGUUAGCCCAGCAGCUGACUCACAUAGAGCUGGAGAGGCUGAAUUACAUUGGACCAGAAGAAUUUGUCCAGGCGUUCGUACAAAAGGAUCCUUUGGACAAUGACAAGAGCUGUUAUGCUGAUCAAAAGAAGACCCGUAAUCUGGAAGCCUAUGUAGAAUGGUUUAACAGACUCAGCUACUUAGUUGCUACCGAAAUCUGCAUGCCUGUGAAGAAGAAGCACAGAGCAAGAAUGAUAGAAUAUUUCAUUGACGUGGCUAGGGAGUGUUUUAACAUUGGCAACUUUAACUCCUUAAUGGCGAUUAUUUCUGGUAUGAACAUGAGUCCGGUCUCCCGGCUAAAGAAAACCUGGGCAAAAGUCAAGACAGCCAAAUUUGACAUUCUUGAGCAUCAGAUGGACCCUUCUAGCAAUUUUAACAAUUACCGAACCGCUCUGCGUGGGGCAGCUCAGAGGUCCUUGACGGCGCAUAGCAACAGAGAGAAGAUCGUGAUACCUUUCUUCAGUCUCCUAAUCAAAGACAUUUACUUUCUCAACGAGGGCUGUGCCAAUCGCCUUCCAAAUGGCCAUGUCAAUUUUGAAAAAUUUUGGGAGUUAGCGAAACAAGUGAGUGAGUUUAUGACAUGGAAGCAAGUGGAGUGUCCGUUUGAGAGGGAUCGGAAGAUCCUGCAGUACUUGCUCACUGCCCCAGUCUUUAGUGAAGAUGCACUUUACAUGGCUUCCUAUGAGAGCGAAGGUCCUGAGAAUCACAUUGAAAAAGACAGAUGGAAGACUCUAAGGUCAACACUUUUAGGCAGAGUUUAACGUGUGAGAUGCCUGCUGCACCUACCGCUACUGUGUGAUGUGGACUAGGAAGGGACCCGCUUUGAUUUAUUUUGUUUGUGUACUGAAUGGCAUUGAAGUGAUGGAAACUGUGCAGCCAAUUGAGAAGACAUGUCAGCAAAGAUAAAAACAAGUUAACUCAAGAACAAACAGGCACCUUCUCAGAUCGGACAGAUCAGGUUAAAUCACAACUCAUUUGGCUAUUGAUUGAGGACAAGAAUGGCAGAAUCCUUUGAAGAUCUCAAAUUCCUUGUAUGAAUCAUUUCAUAACACUUCGAUGGGAUUUUUCUUCUUGUUUUGUUGGAGCUUGCUGCUACUAAGACUUUCAUGGUUUGGUACUGGAUUAUAGGGCUUUCCAUUCCUCCAGCUGAAUCCCGAAUCUGCAUUAGAAGAACUUCCACUCCCAAUAUGCUGAAUAUAGCCAGGAGCUCCGCCUGAGUCAGCAUUGCCAAGAAGGGAUAGGACUGGAUUAAAAAAAGCAAAAAACCUGGCUGCUGGGGAGACUCCCCCCACCUCCCAUUUUAAUGAUAGUUAUUUUUUUGUUUGUUUUUCCAUAAAGUUUUUGAGUUGGCUGCUGGUUGGCAAACUCAUUGUGAUUCUAAGUUAUAUUUUAAAAAAUUAAUAAUAGAAUCAGUGCUGUGGUAGGAAAUUCAGGCACUAGAAAAAUACAGUAACUAUGUAGCUGGACUAUCUUGCAUCUUCUAGUAAGGUGUUUUGGUUUUUUCUUUCAACUGUUUGCCACCUUUUUCUAAACAUUCUUAUAUUUUUACUGUAGCCUUUUAUUACUCUACAUUUCCAUACUUGAUGGCUACUUCCUGUAUUAAAUUGAGCAAUCUGAUUGCUUUUGUUUUCUUGAAUUCUACUUGUGAAACCACUGCACAGGCUGCAUUACAAAUAAUAUCAAAUUCCGUGUUAUUUAAGUCGUCAUUUUUACAAUUGCUUUUUUUUGUAUAACAACUGGAGUAUGUAAUCCAGUUUGACUGAAAUGAUAAGAUGCCAAGAAACAAAAAAAGAUUUCUCUUUGACUACAGCUGUGAACAAAAACAAUCUUCUUUGUGUUUGCUUCCUGAAUUAUCAUUGUUAUGACUGUGAAAUAGCUCACUUUGUUACACAUCUAAUAUGUCUGUUGUCACUUCAAGUACUUAGUCACUGUAUUUAUCCUAGGAAAAAUCCUGGGGAAUAAAGAUAAACCGUAGAUUUAGUCUGCCCUGGAUGGGAAGUCACAUGCUAAACAAAGGGACAGGUUUGUAAAUACCAUGCCACUAUUUAAAAAAUGGAAAAAAAUAAAAUCCUGUAUUUAUGUUGCACUGCAUCUCUCUAGACUUUCAGAUGUGCCUACAGUGUGCCCUUCUAAGCUACCAAUGUAGGACCUGGCUUGGGACAACAUUGAAAUAUGUGCUUCAGUCCAUCCUGAUUCAGACAAGCAAUGAAACACAUGCACAAGGAUAAGCACAUGUAUAAGCCCCGUUUCUGGAUAGGGAAGCUGUCCUGAAUUGCCAGCUGCUGAAUGGUACAAGGUGUUGGAAAGGACUGAUUGGUAUAUUUUAAUGGGGCCAGAUAUUAAAAUGCAAGGAACUUAGGUGGUGAAGGGAGGGUUUUUUGAGAGAGUUGGUGGGAGGAGGGAGGAAGAUAUUGGAGCUUUCCUAUUAGUCUGUCUCUUUUUUCUCCUUUUGUUCAUUCCUUCAAGCAGGGGCGAUCUCCUCUGAGACUAGCAAACAGCUUCCAGCCAUCAUCAGCUGACGUCUUGUCAGGACUUGUGAGGAACCUUGAAACGUCCAAGGCAUUUUAUAUUUCUAAUGUUAGAAUAUUGGGAACACUGUUACAGUCUUCCCUUUUUAAAUACAAUGACAUGACGAUGUGAUCAUAAGAUGAUUCAAGGAAGGAAGUUUCCAUUUUGAACCACUUGCUGCCUGCAGACACCCACUCUUUUUUUGAUUUUGAUUGCAGGAAAAGGCAGAGAGGAAUGAGGGGCUAACUUAACUGUGAAAAUAAUUGAUACGUUCCCCUCCUUUAUUGUGUAACACAGCUAGACUCCUGGGCUGGCUUAGAUAUGCAUUUCUAAUUUAUGUAGUUGGAAUGAAGCCUUUGAAAAUAAGAGAAGAAAUAGCAUUAA